AUGUCGGUCAUACUUGAAACAACUAUUGGAGAUUUAGUUAUUGAUCUUUUUACCGAGGAAAGACCAAGAGGUAACCUAGAAAUUUAUUUUUUGUUGUCCUUUGACAAAGUCACCUGAGAUUUUAAAUUGCUAAUUUUUGAGUACUUGUCUUUUUUAGCGUGCCUGAAUUUCUUAAAGUUAUGUAAAGUGAAAUUCUAUAACUACAGCCUUUUCCAUUUUAUUCAGGUAAACUAUUCUCCUCUCAAUAAACACUAGUUCAAGUUUUUAUCUCAUUAGAAUGUGUUUAGUCCUGCGCAGGUAGAACUCUAUAAAUAGGCAAUUCCCAUUAUAGACUAAUUUUAAAAUUAGGUAAGGAAACUCAAAUAAAUCACCACAGCUAGAAAGAGCAUACUAAAAUUAGUAAAAUUACAAAUUUUGGUUGCAAAAUGUUGUAAAAUGAGGAAAAUAUAGCCUUGCAAAGUUCGCAAAUUUUGUAUACUUUUCGCACGCAAUACAGAAGUAUACAAAUAUAUCGCACGCGAUACAAAAGUAUACAAAAUUUGCAAACUUUGCAAGGCUAUAUUUUCCACAUUUUACAACAUUUCACAACCAAAUUUUGUAAUUUUACUAAUUUUAGUAUGCUCUUUCUAGCUGUGGUGAUUUAUUUGCAUCUCCUUGCCUAGUUUUAAAAUUAGUCUAUAUAAAUGGGAAUUGUCUAUUGAGAUGUGAAAUCUUCUCCUUGCAGAGAAACUUUCUGGCUCAAACAGGGGAUCCAACUGGGUCGGGUCGUGGAGGAGAAUCGAUAUUUCGAUCACUUUAUGGAGACCAAGCCAAAUUCUUUGAUGCUGAAACUAAACCUCGAAUCAAACACAUUAAGAAAGGAACUGUGUCGAUGGUGAAUAAUGGUGAUGAUAUGCAUGGAUCUCAGGUAUGGAUUAUUUACUCUGGUCUGUGCCAGUGUAGGUAGUGAUAUAAGGCGUAACAAAAAAAUACCUGUGGUUCAUAUCGUGAAAAAAUUAGGGUCGGUAGGUCGGAAAUAAUUUAUUUUUUUAAUACUUUUUUUUCAUGGUUUUGGCGGUUUUUUGCUUGGCGAUUUGCAGUUGAGUCCCGACAUCAAUGUUAACUAGAGAUGCGUAUUUCCUAUGGACGAAUUUAGGCAAUUUGGUUCAAUAAUUAGUGUGACAACAGACGCCAUUUUGGCACGCUGUAUGAGCAGCCCGCAACCACCUGGAGAAAAUAGGGUUGCACGGUCAAUCGCGUUGAAAAAAUAAUAGGGUCGGCAGAAAAAAAUAGGGUUGGUCGGGAACUGGAACCACAGGUAUUUUUUUUAUGCCCAAACAAAACUUUGGUUGAUCCCUAGGGAUGCAACUACCUGAAAAAUACAAGGAGAACUUUGAAUGAAUGCUCGUCAGAAAGUUAGUGAAGAGCUGACAAAGGGCCUUCGCUCGAAACGUGGAUGUUAUCCUUGUAUUUGUCCGGUAGUUGCAUCUCUAUCAACCGAAGUUUUAUAGAUUGCUUAGUCCAUUGAACAAUAGAAAAAGCAGUGGUAGACACUUUGCAAACCUUUUGUAGUUUGAUAUUUGUGAUGUUACUCAGAGUGUAAAUCCGCACCGGGCAAGCUUGAAAAAUAUGCCUGGCCAUGUACGGUGGGAAUCGAACCUACGACCUUUGGAAUACUAGCUCAAUGCUCUGCCAUUCCAACUCUGUUAGUUAUUAAUAUAAUAUGCUCUACUUUAUUAUUUUACUCUUUACCAGAUGAUUAUUGUCUUCAUGCAAUAUAUAGCUUAACCUUUUACUCUACCAGUGCUUUGAUGGUUGAAAGAUUAUUGUUAUAUUUACAGCUUUGUUACACAACCUUAAAAUACUAACUAUUGAGUGUUUGCUGUGUUUAGUUCUUUGUUACUCUUGGUGAAAACCUGGAUUAUUUGGAUGGUAAACAUACUGUGUUUGGUGAGGUUGCCGAGGGAUAUGAUAUCUUGGACAAAUUAAAUGAGACCAUUUGUGAUGAUAAGCAUUGUCCAUACCAAGAUGUCAGGUAUAGGAUUGUUUCUUCAGUGAAGGAAUUGGGGCACUAAAGGAGUGAGGGGCAUUCCUAAUUUACAUUAAAGAAGAGAUCAAGUCUGUUUUGUGCAUGUGCUAUGUGAGGAUCCUCUGAUGUAAACAAUACCCAAAUAUCACCAUUGUUUCAAAAUCUUCUAAAUUAAGAAUCUAUAUUCUAAUUAAUUUAAAAGCAUAUAGCAAACCAGAACAAUGUUAGAUACAGUAUUAACUAAAUCCAUGAUGUUUUAUGAAUAUAGUGUCCUCAAAAUGUGAACAAUCUGCAGAACAGACUUCCGCCGUCUUUAAAGGACAGGAAAUAAAUAAGAAUAUAUUGCUAACCAAACUGGCACCUGAAUAUUUCUGAAUGUGGCCUCCAUAAUUUGUUGUGCUCUAACUUUCUGCUUUAGUGGACGGGUUGUGCAUGCUUCCGGCAUCCUUAAUAAGUCCUUUAUAUUGUACUACACUGAUCAGUCAAGCUUUAUUAACUAUAGUUUUUAUUUUUUCGUUUGGAAAAGGAUCACUCACACAGUAAUAUUGGAUGACCCUUUUGAUGAUCCCGCUGGACUUCAAGUACCAGAUAGAUCUCCUGAACCAACCAAAGAACAACUGGAUGUAAGAUUUGUAUGCUUUGAAACUAUAUUAUUGGUUGUUUAUUAACCAAAGUGGCCGAAUGUGCCCUACGUUACUAUUCUACUGUGUAAUGUCACACAAUUUUACUUGCGAAGGGGAGAGCACUGGUGCUCAAUGGUUUAAUAAAGUUCCGGGCUUGAAAUAACGUUCCCAAAGUUCCCGAUCAUGCUGAUAGGCAGUCAUGACUUUCCCUGCUUUUUCAGGUAACCCUGCUUUUCUGCCGAUCAUAAGCAAUUUCUUGCCGAUCAUUGAUCGGUGAUCAGCUGUUAUUUCAAGCCCUGAAAGUUAGUUUAGUGUUAGUUUGAAGUAUUAUCUAUGUGAAACAAAAAGUUGUUGUUUAGAGUGGUCGUAUUGGUGCCGAUGAAGAGAUUGAUGACACAAAAGGCAAAACUCUGGAUGAAGUUGAAGAAAUUAUUGAAGAGAAAGAGUUUAAAGCUGGUGCACAGAUACUGGAAAUGGUAUGAGAAAUACUCAUAUACAUAUUACAUACAGUUUUAACUUUCAUGCACUUUCUCAAUACCCCCAGGAUGCAAUAAUUUGAGAUAUUUAGUAUGUUUAAUCUCUCACACAUCGCUUUCACACACUCAGGUAGAAAAAAUAGACGAGCACUGCUCGCAGCAAAUGUUAAAGUUUGAAUGAAGAUUUGCUAUUGAAAAUUUGAAGGAAAUCUUAACACCCAUGUCCCAGUAUGGGCGCAACAACAUAUGGUUGACAGACAUUAUUCCUUGAAUUUAAAACCAUGGUCAGCUAGAACACUGUAUGUUUAUGCACAUGCAGAUUUAGCACAAAAAAUACUCUGUUGGUCUGCAGGAAAUUUUUGUCUCCAGGGUGUGCUCCCAGGAAGAAAAUUAUUUUUUCCUGCCCUGCUUUCACACUCCAAUUAUACAAUUUUGUACAAUUGGAAUGUGAAAGCAAUGUGUGAGAAACCAUUUUCUGAUUAUCAUAACUUAGCCAGAUGUUAUACUUUAUCAUUCUUUCUACAUCAAACAUGCUGUAUUUUUAAGGUUGGUGAUAUACCGGAUGCAGAUAUCAAGCCUCCAGAAAAUGUUUUAUUUGUGUGUAAAUUAAAUCCUGUGACGACUGACGAGGAUUUAGAAAUCAUAUUCUCUAGGUUUGGACAAAUUAAAAG